AUGGUAAAGGUUGCAGGAAUGACUAAAGAGAAAACUCAGUGGAAGCAAUUCUUAGAGACCGUGAGUACUCUGCAAUGGGUACUGUGCUUUCUCAUCUUAGGAGUGUCCUGUAUUAUCCUCAUGGUGUGCCUUAUGUUUACCUCGUUGUGGCCGCUCUCCACUCUGUACUUCAUGUGGCUGGGAUGGACUGGCAAAACCCCUGAGCGAGGGGGCAGGAAAGCCACAUUUGUGAGGAGGUGGAGGGUCUGGAAGCACUUCAGAGAUUUCUUCCCAAUCAAACUGGUGAAGACGGCCGAACUGAAUCCAAACCAAAACUACAUCUUGGGCUGUCAUCCGCAUGGUAUCAUGAGUGCUGGAGCCUUCGCCUGCUUCAGCACAGAAAGCUGUGGCUUCGCCGAGGUGUUUCCUGGGAUGCGGAACACCCUGGUGGUACUGGCAGGGCUUUUCAGGAUACCAAUCUUGAGAGACUACUUAAUGUGUGGAGGUCUUUGUCCAGUCAGCAAACCAAGCCUUGUCCACCUCCUCUCAAAGAGAGGCAAGGGAAAUGCAGUGGUGAUUGUGAUAGGGGGCGCUGCCGAGUCUCUGGCGUCCUCUCCUGGAGUCAACGUGGUGGUAAUGAGGCAGAGAAAGGGAUUCGUCAUGGCUCUUGAGUUUGGGGCUGAUCUGGUGCCGGUUUACUCAUUCGGGGAGAAUGAGCUCUUUCAGCAGGUGGUUUUCUCAGAAGGCAGUCUAGGUCGGAGGUUACAGGACCUGUUUAAAAAGAUUAUGGGUUUUGCCCCGUGUCUAUUUGUUGGAGAGCGCUUGGCCUUCCUGCCCUACAAGACUCCAAUCACCACCGUUGUGGGAAGUCCAAUCUCAGUGCCAAAGCGCAUCACACCUACUGAGGAGGAGGUCGACCGCUAUCACAGGCUUUACAUGGAGGGCCUGUCCAAGUUAUUCCAUGAACACAAGGCCAGCUGUGGGCUUUCUGAAAGUCACAAGCUUCAGAUCAUUUAG